AUGGCAGCCGGGGGGACGAUGGAGGAGGUGGAGCAGCUGCUGGCAGAGGCUGAGCGCAUGGAGCACGAGGGAAAGAUGGGAGGAGAGGAAGAGGAGGAGGAAGAGGAGGAGGAAGAGGAGGAGGAAGAGGAGGAGGAGGCUGAAGAGGAAGCGGAAGAAGAAGAGGAAGAAUUCGAAGACGACUUUGAGAGCGUGUCGGACAGCGACAGAGGAUCGCAGCAUGACAUGCAUGAGGGUCUUGCGUUCCAUCAAAUAUCGUCGAACCGAGACCAAUAUGACUAUGAUGAGGAGUUUGAAUCAGACACAGAGGAGAAGCAACAAGAGAAAGCAUAUCAGCCCUUGGUCGUUGAUGAGAAGUUUCAUAAGUUGGACGAUACAGAGAAACGGCAUGUGGUCAUGGAGCAAUUGCGGAUGAUUCAGUCAACAUGGAUGGUGGAGGGAUCCAUGCAGAAGAAGAUCUACAAGGUUGCAGUCCACCAGAUGGCACUAUCAUUGGUGGAGGAUGUGCUGCAGGGGGUCUUCGAUAUCUUUGAAAGAGCAUCAAUCGAGAAUGAAACUAUGGAGUCAACCAGAGCUGGGCAGAACGCAAGGUUUCAACAGUUGAGAGAUGCUGAGAUACGAGUCUUGGAGACCAGAAAGCAAGCCCUGGAAGUUGAGAAGAAGAAGGAGGAGGAUUGGAGGAGGGUCAAUGAGAAGUAUCGAGAGCGAGCCAGAGAGAUGGCGAGGCUGCACAAACAAGCGAUCAAGGCCAGGGAGGAGGACAUAGCAAGUUACAUCGAGAAGAGUAAAGUGACGAACGUGCAGGAGAAGGAAGCUGAGGUGGUCAAGGUCCGCAAGAACGUACAGGAAAUCAAAGAAAAGACUGUGAAGAAGAGGAGCGAGCUUCUCGAGCUCAUCACCACCAAGAAAGAAGAGGCCGAGUCUGCAUCGGUCUUGAUGCAGGAAGAAGUUCAGAGCAGAGAAGCAUACCGCACCUUUCAGCAGGACGUUGCGGUGAAGCACAUGGAGAAAUUUCUGAGGCAACGAGAGGAGGGGAAGAAGCAGCAAAAGCAACAAUUCCGCAAAGCCUUGCAAACAAUCCAACUGGUUGAUAAGGAGAUUGAAAAGGCUGUGCGACGGAACAAGCAUGCAAACAGCGAUGUUCAGUUGAAGCACAGAAGGGAUCAGAGUCAGAAGCUGAAGAAGAUCAAAAGGCGGAUGGGAAGUUCCGACUCAAGUCAGACGAGCAAACAUCUGCAGAUGUCUCUGAACUCCUACUUCAACUCAUCUGUGAAGGAGGUGCAUUUCCCCGAGAUCAACAGCACCUCCUCCUCCGAGGAGGGGAACCAGAGCCUCGCUGAAUACCUUGAGAGGAGCUACACAAAGCUGGUGAACGGGGGGAGCAAGGGCGUGAAGGCUCGUGAUCUGUUCGAGACGCUCUUGAGCUUCGACAAGGCUGUGUCGAAGGAGAACUUGAAGUCCCUGGUGAUCGACCUCAGCAACGGUCUCUGGCGCGUCCUGGAUGACGAAAGUUUCGUUUCUGUGGGGGUUCGGGUGAUGAGAAUUCUGAGGAAAGGAAGCAAGGGAGGGGCAAGGGAGGAGCAGGAGCAGAGCUGCACGCAGAGAUCGGAGGGAGACUUCAAAUUCCCCAAGCCCGAGCUCGAGGCCCACCUGCAGGAGACGUGCAAGACGCAGGAAGGAGAGGCGAUCGAGCUGGAGCAGCUGGCGCAGGAGGCGUCGGAGAUCAAGAAGAGGAGGAGCAGGAAGAAAGCUGAGGUCAACGUGUCUGUCUCCGAGAGGAGCAACGUGAGACAGGCAGUGGAGCCGCAACCUGUCUCUGAGAUGGGGUUCGGAGCGGUGGGAUCGCAUUCAACAGUCUCUCAGGUUCAGGAGGAGGCGGCAGCCAGCGAGGCAGCCACACGGGAGGAGGCUGAGGAGUCGAGGAGCACAGAUGCCCCUCCGUUGUCCCUGCCCCCAGUGCGGCAAGCUCCCGUCCUCCCUUCUAAGGAACCUCUCAGUGUCAUUGGCACAGGCGGGGAGGAGGAGGUGAAGCAGGAGACAGUCCCCCCGAUCUCCAAGUUUACAUUCAAACCGAAGGCAACGAAGCUGAGGCCGUUUUAG